AUUGCUUUUGGACUCUUGAGACGGCUAUCUUUCUCUCUCUCUCUCUCUCUCUCUCUCUCUCUCACAAAACCACUGUCUUCCUUGGCUUCCUAGGAAUCUCUGCCGUACAUCACACAGAAACUGAAACCUAAGACUCUGUCUCUGAAUCUGAGCAUCAACAUACACCUCACAAUCACAAACACAAAGGUUUUGGCUUCUUUCAUGCAAUUUUGUAGAUAGCUUACACAAUAAUUUUGCCGAUGCUUAAAGCACCUAGAACCUUCUCAAAAUGGAGGUUGAUUAUUUAGUAAAAUAGUAUUCUCUAUAUUUAUGCAACUAACAAGCCGCUGAUCUGGAAAAGUUUGGAAGGAUUUUCAGAGUAACAUUUAUUUCACUACUAAUUUUUCGCCCCCAGACAAACCGGCAUCCGGGUCCUAUUCCAGGGAAUCCAACUAACCCGACCUAUCUCAACCUGAAUUAAGCGAUUUGUUAUCAGAUGCAAACCUCCCAGAAACACUCAACCUCAGCUGGUAUUCACAUAUACCACCAGCCAGUGCAAGGCAUUGAUCCUUACAAUCAUUACCAAAUACUACAAAGCAAUUCAUGCCAUGAUAUCCAUGACAGUAGCAGCCAGGGGACCAAUGUGUCGUUUGAAGCCUCGAAGGAGCAAUACUAUACCCUUGAUUCAUCCCCAGCAACCAAUGGUCUCAUAGGUUGUGAUUCACCUUCCUGUGCUAGUGUAUCAUCCAGUAGGAGCCCUUUAUCUCCACAGAAUUCUCAGUCAUACUAUUCAGAUCAGCACCAAUCUUCUGACAACAACUAUGGAUCGCCAAUAAGCGGUUACUCAAGUGCUGAAGAUAGCUAUGAAUUGAAGAACAAGCUAAGAGAAUUGGAGAUUACAUUAUUGGGGCCAGAACCAGAUAUUGUUGAUAGUUGUCACUGCUGCUUCAAGAGUGUUCACCAAGGAGCAUCUCCAACGUCGAAGUACAAUUGGGUUCAGAUUGCUGAGAUGAUUCCAAAGUUGGACUUGAGAGACGUCCUCAUUCUUUGUGCACAAUCUGUGGCUGAUGAUGACAUUCAAACAGCACUAGGGUGGAUGGAUAAUGUGUUGGUGAAGAUGGUAUCUGUUGCUGGGGAUCCGAUACAGCGACUAGGUGCAUACAUGUUGGAAGGUCUUAGAGCAAGGUUUGAAUCAUCAGGGAGCUUAAUUUACAAGGCAUUGAAGUGUGAACAACCAACAAGCAAGGAUCUAAUGACUUAUAUGCAUGUCUUGUACCAGAUUUGCCCGUAUUGGAAAUUUGCUUACAUAUCUGCAAAUGUUGUCAUUGGAGAAGCAAUGCAGAAUGAAGCAAGGAUUCACAUAAUUGACUUCCAAAUUGCACAAGGCACACAGUGGUUCUUGCUCAUGCAGGCUCUCGCUCGUAGGCCGGGUGGACCGCCAUUCAUCCGUGUCACUGGUAUUGAUGAUUCCCAAUCAAAUCAUGCCAGAGGUGGAGGACUUCACAUUGUGGGAAAAAAGCUCUCAGAAUAUGCUAAUUCUCUUGGGGUGCCCUUUGAGUUCCACAGUGCUGCAAUGUGUGGAUCAGAGGUUGAGCUAGAGAACCUUGUGAUUCGGCCCGGCGAAGCUCUUGCUGUGAACUUCCCUUUUGUUCUGCACCACAUGCCGGAUGAGAGCGUAACCACUGAGAAUCACAGGGACAGGCUAUUGAGGUUGGUGAAGAGCUUGUCACCAAAGGUUGUUACCCUUGUUGAGCAAGAAUCCAACACCAACACCUCACCUUUUUUCCAAAGGUUUGUUGAGACCCUUAAUUACUACACUGCCAUGUUCGAAUCCAUCGAUGUGGCUCGUCCCAGGGACGAUAAGCAGAGAAUCAGCGCAGAACAGCACUGCGUGGCCCGCGACAUUGUCAACAUGAUAGCUUGUGAGGGCCCUGAGAGGGUGGAAAGGCAUGAGCUUCUAGGAAAAUGGAGGUCAAGAUUUUCCAUGGCUGGUUUUUCACCUUGCCCUAUGAGUUCUUCAGCUAUGGCUGCAGUUAGAAGUCUCUUGAACGAGUUCAAUGAGAAUUAUAGGGUUGAACAAAGAGAUGGUGCUUUAUACCUAGGAUGGAAGAAUAGAGCUAUGGCCACUUCUUCUGCAUGGACAUGUUACUGACUUCACUAUAUAUCUUAGGUGCAUGUAUAUUUUUCCUUAUUGUUCUCCCUCUUUCUUCCCCUUUUUUAACCCUUAGUUAUAAUUCAGUGAUAUGCAGUUUCUGAAUAGGAUUUUGAGAUUCAGCUUUGUUCCAACAUGUAUUGUUGUCCCUUUUUGUAGCUGAAUCUCUAAACUUGAUGUACAUGUCUGAAUACUUGAAAGAGAAAGAACCUCAGUUUCAGUAGUCAUAGACACAGUUUUUUAUGUGCACUAAGCACUCAGUUUAAUGUGGUAUUUACUGUGAGAUGACAAAGUAAUCAUUUUAGGUACUUGUUUGAUUCCCUUUCUUUUUUCAUUUUUACUUUGAGCUUAUGUAAGCUGCUAUCUAAUGUUCAUGGA